UCGUUUAAUUAGAGUUCAACACGUGGGUGGCAAUCAAAUGUGCAGUUCGGCCUCCUCAUCAGCAGACGGCGCUACUUCACUGGACUUCACCUUCACCAGACAGUCCUAACUGCAGCCGAAAUGACAACGUUACGACCCUUUACCUGCGACGAUCUGUUUAAGUUUAACAAUAUAAACCUGGACCCUUUGACAGAAACUUAUGGGAUUCCGUUUUACCUGCAGUACUUGGCUCACUGGCCGGAGUACUUCAUCGUAGCAGAGGCACCUGGUGGUGAACUGAUGGGCUACAUCAUGGGGAAGGCGGAGGGAUCUGUGGCGCGGGAGGAGUGGCACGGUCACGUCACAGCCCUGUCGGUGGCUCCGGAGUUCAGACGACUCGGCCUCGCCGCCAAACUCAUGGAGAUGUUGGAGGAGAUCUCAGAGAGGAAGGGUGGAUUCUUCGUGGAUCUCUUUGUGCGCGUGUCCAACCAGGUGGCGGUGAACAUGUACAAACGUUUGGGCUACAGCGUCUACAGAACUGUCAUCGAAUAUUACUCUGCCAGCAACGGGGAACCGGACGAAGACGCCUACGAUAUGAGGAAGGCUCUCUCCAGAGACACAGAGAAGAAGUCCAUCAUCCCUCUGCCACAUCCUGUCAGACCUGAAGACAUUGAAUAACAGAAGAGUGGCUCUCUGAGGCUCCGCCCCCUUCUCUACAUCAUCAUCAUCAUCAUCAUCAACCUGACACAGUCAGAGAGCCACUGUUUCUCACCCAUUCUAUCCUUUUAAUUUAGAAUGACCCAGAAAAGAGGACGAGUGAGAGAGAGAGA